AUGAACAACAUCAGAAGGCCUUUUAUCAGUGAUUGGCAUACAUUAUCAGUCAAUGAUGCAAGUCCACAAGCCGUUCCUCAUACUCUGAAUGAACUACCAGCAAAAGUAGACGUCCAAGUCAAAAUUAUCCAAAGCGGAAAGGAAUACAUAUUUCCAGGACUUGGAUCGGUUCCAAAAGAUGACGAUAUAUCUAAUGAGUAUGGCGGAGUGGUGUAUGCUUACAACUCCUCUCACGUCCUGUUAUUUAUUCCUGUCAUUAAAUCUAGUGGGGGUGGAGGCACUGGGCGAGUACUAACUACAGGUGGAUCUUCAUACUCCGGACCCUUUAUAGGAUCUUCAACAGCAUGUCAAGUUCGUAUAAGAGCCUGGAAACUGUCUGAUUGGCCAAAACCUGAUUUCAGUAUUACGUCUGGAUUGACAAUUUCAACGGCAAGUCCAUACAAAAAGAUUGUUAUUUAUUUUGUUGUUUUUUUCUGUUCAACAUGUACAACACCAAUUACGGUUGACCACUCAGCUAAGAUCAGUGUAUGCGGAACAGUAUUUGGAAUAGACGACACAGCAAUCACAUUGUGGGGAGCAAGCAAAUACUUUGACUACGUGACGUGUUAUAGAGACGGAUGGGGGACCUUUACUGAUAUCAUUCCCUCCACUGUUGACGUCAUCAUCCGAGCCUGGACACUUUCGUCUUCAGAUAUAGUCGACAUAAACACAUUUGUUUACGCCAAAGGUGACGUCAUAUCCGCAGCAGGAGCAAUAUCUAUGACGAACGCAAUUGACCUAGACUUGAACAUAGUCAAUGUUGAGAUCAGAGACACAACAGUUAGCAAAGGGAAAGUUUUUUACGGAGCCGGAUCUGCCAAUAUGGGAAACUCAGGGGAGUCCUAUGGGGGCGUGGUUUUUGGUUACACACAAUCAGAUGUUCUUUUAUGGACACCCAGCACUAGUGUGACUGGGGGAAAUCUUAUCUACAUUGGUGGCUUGUGGGGAGAUGGUACAGAGAAUUUGCAGAGCAACAAUGUUCAGAUAACAGUGAAAGUUAUUAAGGCUGGAUUUACAGAAUGCCCAUUGCCUCAAAAUAUUCCAAAUACAAUUAAAGUUUAUAAUGGAGUGAUAGCCGGAAGUAAGACGUUAUAUGCUUGUACACCA